AUGCAACUUCGAUUUGUAGAGGCCAGCACUGUCAGGCUUAGGGAAGAUAUACAUAAUGCCCAUGGUUAUCACUUCCUUGUACAGUUUGUUCUAGUUUUGUCUUCAAUGCCACAGAGUCAAGGCGUUCAAUCUAUUUAUUUGAAGCCUCAGGUUCAAAAUGAUAGAGGUCAUGCUUUUGAUGAAGCACCCAAAAUGGAUAUCGUAGGAAAAGAAGACCCUUCCUCUGAACAUCUCUCACCCACUUUGACUAGGCUACUUGAUAUUCUUGUUAACCUAGCUCAAACAGGUCCUGCUGAAAGCAAAACUUCUAAACAUUCUCGCACCAAGGCCAGCGGCCAUGACAUAAGUCAAACAUCAUCUACUGAAAGGCUAGGUGAUAAAAACUGGGAACAGGAAAAUAAUAAAGUUAAAGACCUUGAAGCUGUUCAGAUGUUGCAGGACAUUUUUCUCAAGGCUGAGAGCAGAGAUUUGCAGGCAGAAGUGUUAAAUAGAAUGUUUAAAAUAUUUUCAAGUGAUCUUGAAAACUAUAACUUGUGUCAGCAACUGAGGAUUGUUCCUCUCUUGAUCUUAAAUAUGGCUGAAUUUCCUCCAGCGUUGCAAGAGAUAAUUCUGAAAAUUCUUGAAUAUGCUGUGACAGUGGUGAAUUUUGUUCCUGAGCAAGAGCUGCUUUCUCUAUGUUGUUUAUUGCAGCAACCAAUUGCGUCAGAGUUAAAGCUUACCAUCCUUUCCUUUUUUGUAAAGCUCCUAUCCUUUGAUCAACAAUACAAGAAAGUCCUAAGAGAAGUAGGUGUGCUGGAAGUCCUGUUAGAUGAUCUGAAGCAACAUAAGUUUCUUUUGGGUUCAGAGGAACAUGGUAGUAGUGCCAAUCAGCUGGAGAGAAAAUUCAGCUCCAGCAGCUUCCAGAAACACUUGGACGGUAAGGAUGUUAUUAUUACUUCACCCAAGCUCAUGGAAUCUGGUUCAGGGAAGUUUCCAAUUUUUGAAGUUGACAGUACAGUUGCUAUUGGCUGGGAUUGUAUGGUUUCAUUAGUAAAGAAAGCUGAAGCCAGCCAAGCUGCAUUCAGAUCUGCCAAUGGUUUGGCCACUGUCCUCCCAUUCUUGGCGUUCAAUGUUCAUCGUCCUGGAGUCCUACGGAUAUUGUCAUGUUUGAUCACAGAAGAUGCUAUGCAGGGUCAUCCUGAAGAAUUAGGAUCACUUAUCGAAGUUUUAAAGAGUGGAAUGGUUACAAGUGAUUCUGGACAUCAAUACAAGCUUCAAAGUGAUGCAAAAUGUGAUACAAUGGGAGCCUUGUGGCGCAUUAUGGGAGUAAAUAAUGCUUCACAGAGAUUCUUUGGUGAAGCCACUGGUUUUUCUCUUCUGCUUACCACCCUCCAUAAUUUUCAGGGUGAUGGACACUCAAAAGAAUCUUCUUUAUUAGUUUACUUCAAAGUCUUCUCAUAUUUAUCGCGGCUUAUGACAGCUGGGGUGUGUGGUAAUGCUAUUAAUAGGACAAGACUUCAUGCUAUUAUAUCAUCACAAACUUUUUAUGAUCUUCUGUCUGAGUCUGGCUUGCUGUGUGCGGAUUAUGAGAAACAAGUGAUACAUCUGUUGUUGGAACUUGCCCUUGAAGUUGUCCUUCCACCUUUCAUGACACCAGAGGGUGCCAUAUCAGCAGAUACGGCUGAAAACAAGUCCACUAGUUUUGUUUUAAGUACUCCAUCUGGUUUGGUUAAUCCUGACAAGGAACGCAUAUACAAUGCUGGGGCUGUUAGAGUUCUUAUCCGUUCAUUGUUGCUUUUUACUCCUAAGGUGCAAAUAGAAGUGCUGGACAUUAUUGGGAAACUUGCUUGUUCUGGCCCCUUCAAUCAAGAAAAUCUCACAUCUGUCGGUUGUGUGGAACUUCUUCUGGAGACAAUUCAACCCUUCCUUUCAGGCUCAUCACCACUACUCUUUUACGCUUUGAAGAUUGUAGAGGUUCUAGGGGCAUAUAGGUUGUCUGCAUCUGAACUCCAAGCACUUGUAAGAUAUAUUCUGCAAAUGAAGCGGAUGAAAUUAGGUUAUACAGUUGUUGAUAUGAUGGAAAGGUUAAUUCUCAUGGCAGAAACAGCCUUGGAAAAUGUUUCUUUGGCUCCAUUUGUUGAGAUGGAUAUGAGCAAGAUUGGGCAUGCUUCGGUUCUGGUGUCUAUGGGAGAAAGAUCUUGGCCUCCUCCUGCUGGAUAUUCAUUUGUCUGUUGGUUUCAGUUUCAAAUUUUUUUGAAAACACGAGCAAAAGAAACUGAUCCUGCCAAAGCUGGUCCUUCAAAGAGGAAAAGUGGCUCAAAUGGGCAGCAUCAUGACCGGAAUAUUCUCCGGAUGUUUUCUGUUGGUGCAGUAAAUAAUGAGAAUACUUUCUAUGCAGAACUCUAUCUUCAAGAGGAUGGUGUUCUUACCGUUGCUACCAGUAAUUCUUGCUCCUUGUCAUUUUCUGGAUUAGAACUGGAAGAAGGCCGGUGGCAUCACCUUGCUGUUGUUCAUAGUAAACCAAAUGCUCUUGCUGGAUUAUUCCAAGCUAGUGUUGCUUACGUUUAUCUUGAUGGGAAGCUAAGGCACACAGGAAAAUUAGGAUAUUCACCCUCUCCCAUUGGAAAACCUUUGCAGGUAACUAUUGGGACUCCAGUUACAUGUGCGAGGGUUAGUGACUUCACAUGGAGACUCCAGUCCUGCUAUCUUUUUGAGGAAGUGCUCACUCCAGGUUGUAUUUACGUCAUGUACAUUCUUGGUAGAGGAUAUAGAGGGCUUUUCCAAGAUGCAAAUCUUCUUUGUUUUGUUCCCAACCAGGCUUGUGGUGGUGGUAGCAUGGCUAUCUUAGAUUCAUUAGAUGCUGACUUGUCUGUACCUCCUGGGGUGCAUAAGCUUGACAGCACAAGCAAGCAGGAAAACUCUAAGUCAGAUGGAAGUGGAAUUGUUUGGGAUUUGGAUAGAUUAGGGAACCAUUCGUUUCACCUCUCUGGAAAAAAACUCAUAUUUGCAUUUGAUGGAACUUGUACAGAGGCUGUUCGAGCAUCUGGGAUGUCUUUCUUGCUCAAUCUGGUUGAUCCCUUGUCAGCUGCUGCUUCUCCCAUUGGAGGUAUACCACGAUAUGGGCGUCUUAAUGGGGAUAUCUAUAUCUGUAGGCAAUGUGUGAUUGGUGAUACCAUCCGGCCUAUUGGUGGAAUGUCUGUCAUUUUGGCCCUUGUUGAGGCUGCGGAAACUAGGGAUAUGCUCCGUAUGGCCCUCUCAUUUCUUGCUUGUUCACUUCAUCACAAUCCUCAAAAUGUAAGAGACAUGCAAACAUACAGGGGAUACCAUUUACUAGCUUUACUCUUGCGUCAAAGGAUGUCAUUAUUCGACAUGCAGUGUCUUGAGAUAUUUUUUCAGAUUGCUGCAUGUGAAGCAUCAAUUUCUGAAUCAAAUAAAUUGGAACAAAUUCAAACUUUUGUCUCACCUACCACAACUACUCAUGAAACUGGCUUCAAGGAACUUAAUUUCGGAAAGUUCCGUGAUGAAACAUCUUCUGUUGGAUCUCUUGUUGACUUGGAUGAUUUUUCUGCCCCAAAGGAUUCAUUCAGUCAUAUUUCAGAGCUAGAAAAUGCUGAUAUGCGAGUCGAAACUUCAAACUGCAUUGUUUUGUCAAAUGCGGAUAUGGUAGAACAUGUUUUGCUGGAUUGGACACUGGGUAACUUCCCCGGUUUCCAUUCAAAUUGCACUGUUAAAUUUUCUAGAGCAUCUUGUUUCAAUGCUUGGUACAGGAAUCACAACCUUACAGUUCUUCGCCGAAUGAACCUAGUUCAACAUUUACUGGUGACAUUGCAGCGUGGUGAUGUUGAAGUUCCUGUUUUGGAAAAAUUAGUUGUACUCCUUGGAGUUAUAUUGGAAGAUGGAUUCCUGGCAUCUGAACUAGAAAAUGUGGCUAGGUUUGCUAUUAUGACUUUUGAUCCACCUGAGCUGAAACCACAGCAUCAAAUGAUGCGCGAGUCCAUGGGAAAGCAUGUUAUUGUAAGAAAUAUGCUUUUGGAGAUGCUUAUCGAUCUUCAAGUGACGAUCAAAACAGAAGAGAUGCUUGAACAGUGGCAUAAAAUUGUCUCCUCUAAAUUAUUAACAUAUUUUCUUGAUGAAGCUGUUCAUCCUACCAGUAUGAGAUGGAUCAUGACUCUUCUUGGUGUGUGCUUGGCUUCUUCUCCCACUUUUGCUCUUAAAUUUCGCACAAGUGGAGGUUAUCAAGGUCUAAUGCGUGUGCUUCCCAGUUUCUAUGAUUCUCCUGAUAUAUACUAUAUCUUGUUCUGUCUAAUAUUUGGGAAGCCUGUUUAUCCAAGGUUGCCAGAAGUCCGUAUGCUGGACUUCCAUGCACUAAUGCCAAGUGAUGGAGGCUACGUGGAGUUGAAAUUUGUAGAACUAUUGGAAUCUAUAAUUGCUAUGGCAAAAUCUACCUUUGAUAGGCUAAGCAUGCAAUUGAUACUUGCUCGCCAAACGGGAAAUAUUUUCCAACUUGUUGCAGAACUGGUGGAGGAAAAUGUAGACAUGGCUGGGGAGCUUCAAGGUGAAGCUCUCAUGCACAAGACAUAUGCUGCACGCUUGAUGGGUGGGGAAGCGUCUGCUCCUGCUGCUGCAACUUCGGUUCUGAGAUUUAUGGUUGAUUUGGCAAAGAUGUGCCCUCCCUUCUCUGCAGUUUGCAAACGACCUGAGUUUCUAGAAAACUGUGUGGAUCUCUAUUUUUCUUGUGUUAGGUCUGCUCACACUGUGAAGAUGGCAAGAGAGCUCUAUGCAAAGGAGGAACAGAAGAAUUUAAACGAGUGUGAUGAUGCUAGUUCACAAAAUACAUUCUCUAGCUUGCCUGUGGAGCAGGAACAGUCCGCCAAGACAUCAAUUAGUGCUGGAAGUUUUCCUCAAGCACAGGUCAGUUCAAGUUCUGAAGAGAUGCCUGUCCCUUCAAAUUUCAUGGCUGAAGAUAAAGAAGAGAUGAAGCAUAAUACAUCUCAGGAAGAAUUGAACAAAUCAUUGCAGGAAGAUGUCCAAGUUAUUCAGAGUGUAGAAGGUGUUUGUGUUGAUCAGGUUUCUGCCACCUCAAGCACAAAUGAGUUCAGCUUUCAUGGUGUCAAAGACAAUCAGGUUGUUCAUCCACCAGAUUCCCAGAGUUCUGAAUCACUUGCUAUCCUAGAUUCUCCUAUUUUAUCUGAGAAAUCCAAUUACAUAAUCCCUCUAUCGCCCUCUUCAUCUCCCAUUACUGGACUGACUUCUUGGUUAAGUCUAAACCAAAAUAAAUCCCAAAAUCCCACAAUUGCCUCACCUUCCAUGGACUCUUCUAUUAAUAUUGGUGGUUUUGAUCAAUCCUCUGACUUGAAGUCUGAUUCUCAAGGGCCAACAGCUGCAAAAGUUUCCUUUUCUGUAACACCAAAUAUUCUUCUGGAAACGGAUGAUUCUGGCUACGGUGGUGGCCCUUGUUCUGCUGGUGCAACUGCUAUGUUGGAUUUUAUAGCUGAAGUGCUUGCUGACUUUUUAACAGAGCAAAUAAAAGCAGCACAAGUUGUGGAGAGCAUAUUGGAAAUGGCUCCACUCUAUGUUGAAGCUGAAUCUAUGUUGGUUUUCCAAGGUCUAGUUCUUACUAGAUUAAUAAAUUUUGUUGAAAGGCGUAUCUUGUGUGAUGAUGAAGAAGAUGAGAAAAAGCUUGAUAAGACCAAAUGGUCCUCAAACUUGGAUGCUUUUUGCUGGAUGAUUGUUGAUCGUGUUUACAUGGGUGCUCUUCCCCAACCUUCUUGUGUUCUGAAAACUCUCGAGUUCUUGUUAUCAAUGUUGCAAUUAGCAAACAAAGAUGGUCGGAUUGAAGAAGCAGUUCCUACAGGCAAGGGUCUUUUGUCUAUUGCAAGAGGAAGCAGGCAGCUUGAUGCUUAUGUUCAUUCAAUUCUUAAGAAUACAAAUAGGAUGAUAAUGAAUUGUUUUCUCCCAUCAUUCCUGAUCUCCAUAGGAGAAGAUGAUCUCCUAUCUUCCUUGGGUCUGCUUAUGGAACAUAAGAAAAAACUGCCAAUAAAAUCUUCACAUGAAGAUCCAGGAACUGAUAUCUCCACUGUUUUGCAGUUAUUGGUUGCUCACCGACGAAUCGUAUUCUGUCCAAGCAAUUUUGAUACUGAUUUAAAUUGUUGUCUUUGUGUAAAUUUAGUUCUCUUCUUCGUGACCAGAGGCGAAAUGUUCAGAACAUGGCAAUUAAUGUCAUCAAGUACUUGUUGGUUCAUCAAAGAGCUUCUCUAGAAGAUCUGCUUGUUUCUAAACCUAACCAAGGACAGCCCCUGGAUGUACUGCAUAGUGGUUUUGACAAUUUGUUGACUGGAAGUUUAUCUGCCUUCUUUGAUUGGUUUCAGAACAAUGAGCAGAUGGUAAAUAGAGUAAUGGAGCAAUGUGCGGCAAUAAUGUGGGUGCAGUAGAUUGCUGG